GAAAAGUGAUUUCCAAUGUUUGGGUUUUUCCCAAGACGUUAUCUUGCUUUCGUUCAGUGGAUUAUUUCUUCCUAGUUUGUGGAACUUCCACUUUUUAUAAUUUUAUGUUUACGUUACUGAUAAUAAUAACGGAAAUUUUACCUUUUGACAUACCUGUUUUGAUAACACUUUAUUUCCAUGGUUUUUUUUAAGAAGCAGACUUUCUUUAAUGUUGAAAUGAUGUUUUGAUCUAACAAAAGAAUCUUUUAUCCAAAAAAGACUAAAAAUGGAACAAAAGCAGAAAACAAGAAAAGAAGAAAUAGUAUGUGAAUUAUCAGCAGAAGACAAAAGAAAAGUUAUGGCCAAAAUUCUAAGCUCAGAAACUGAUAGCUGCAUAUCUAUGACAUUUGAUUCUGUUUCAGAUUGUGGUUAUAAAUCCGGAGAAAUAAGUAGCACACUUUCUUCAACCAGUGAAAACAUAUCAAGCCUUACACCAUCUGAAUCUGGUUUGCAGCCUUCAAAAUCUGAGCAAAAUACAUGUGAUAGUGGUUUCAUAACAGAUGCUAAUACAGAUGCUUUCUCGCCAUUAAGUUCAGAUUGCUAUUCAUUUGAUUCCUGUCAAGUUUUUAGUGGGGACUCUCCCCAAAAAAGCACAAAACUUCUGUGGCAAGAUGUUUUCAGCCAAGACAAAGAUGGUGACACGAUUCUUCACUUAGCAAUUGUAGAGGCUUCACUUAGCAACUGUAGAAAUAUAAUAUUUCCUCUUAUUCGGUUAGCUCCUCAUCCAGAUUUUUUGGAUAUAAGUAAUGAUCUUUAUCAA